AAAUGAAUACAGAUCCAAUACCAUUUCCAUAAGAAUAUGUGAUUCCUGAAGAUUUUCAUCAGAACAUUAGAACUAGAUUCUUAAACUUCUUUCGUUAUACGGUAGGGGAUAAAGCAAGAAAUAGUGUCAUUAUGUUAAAAGGAGCUGAAAAAAUAAAUAAACACGAUGAAGGUAAUUGAAAACUAAUAUUUUAGAUUAAUAAUAUAGAGUAGAAUAAGAGAGUAAUUUCCAUUAUUUGUUCGGAGUUGAUUUUUUAAAUUGUUAUGCAAUAAUAGAUGUUGAUAAUGCAAAAUCCAUUGUAUUUGUACCUUAAUAUGAUUCCAAUUAUAAAAUGUGGAAUGUUGUUUUGAAUAAUGAUGAAAUCAAAUAAAAAUUUAAAUUAGAUGAUGUAUUUUAUAAUGAAGAGAUAGAAUCAUGGUUAAGUAAUAGAAAACCUUCAUUAAUUUAUUAUUUUUAUGGAAUAGAUGAUUAUUCUCAUCACUCUUUACCUAUACCUGAUUUCCCUUUUUUAUAAAAUUACAAUUCAGAUUAUGAUGAAUUAUAUUAUAUCCUUACAGAAUGUAGAGUUAGAAAGACUCAAUAAGAAUAAGAUAUUAUGAGAUACAUUUGUAAAAUUAGUAGUGAGGCUCAUGAAUUGGUCAUCAAGAAUAUUAGAAAAGGCAAUAAAGAAUACUAAAUGGAAGCUUUAUACUAAUAUCAUACAUUUAUCAAUCAUGGUUGUCGUUUCACACCUUAUGAAUGUAUUUGUGCAUCAGGAACAAAUGGUUCUGUCUUGCAUUAUGAAGAGAAUUAAAAAACAAUACAGGAGAGAGAAUUAAUAUUAAAUGAUAUGGGUGGUAAAUUUUAUGGAUAUUGCAGUGAUAUUACUGUGACUUUUCCUAGUGAUGGAAGAUUUACAUAGAAGUAAGCUAUAAUUUAUAAUGCUGUACUUGAUACUUAAAAAUAAGUUCAUAAUUCUUUGAAAGUAGGAGUAAAUUGGGGAGAUAUGUAAUUAUUAGCUGAAAGAACAAUAACUAAACAUUUAUUUAAUGCAGGAUUGAUUAAAGGAUAAAUGGAAGAUCUUAUAAAAAAUAGUAUUUGUAGAUUAUUUUUCCCACAUGGAUUAGGCCAUAUGUUGGGAUUGAGAACUCAUGAUGUAGGUGGUUAUAAUAAGGGUGCUCCUCCAAAAUUGCCUGGUAUUUUUUAAUUUUAAUAAUUUAGAAUUGUCUUAAUUAUAAUUUCGUAGAGAUUUAGAUGUAGGAAUGAUAUUUACAAAUGAACCUGGAAUCUAUUUUAUUGAAUUUAUCUUAUAAGAAGCUUACAAAGAUCCUAAUAAAAUGAAAUUUCUAAAUAAAGAAAGAAUACAAGAAUUUAUGCAUGUUGGAGGAGUCAGAUUAGAGGAUGAUAUAUUAUUGACAGCCAAUGGUCCAGAAAUACUUAAUGAUGUACCUAGAACUAUUAAAUAAGUAGAAGCAUGUUGGAGAGGUGAGGAUUGGAGAUAAAUAAAUGAUUGA